AUGACCCCCGCAAUCCGCAGACUCCGUGUUGCCGUCUCAGGUCUUGGCCGAAUGGGUGCCCGUCACGCAAACCACUUCCUUCACCGCACGCCCAGGGCCGAGCUUGUGGCAGCAUUCACACCAGACGAGAAGGAGCUUGCUUGGGCAAACGAGAACCUUGAGCCAUGGGGUGUCAAGAUCUAUACCGACUACGACGAGAUGUUGAAACAUGAGGGUCUUGAGGCUGUCUGUGUAGCAACCGUCACCACAGUCCAUGCUGAACAGACAAUCAAAGCAAUUGAAGCUGGCAAGCAUGUACUGUGUGAGAAGCCCCUCAGUACUAAAUUGGAUGAGUGCCGCAAAGUUCUCGAGACCGCAAAGUGCUAUCCCCAGGUAAAGGUCAUGUGUGGCUUUUCUCGUCGCUUCGACUCGUCCUACUUGAACGCGUACAAUCUUGCUUUGAGCGGUAGCAUUGGACGUCCCACUAUCCUGCGAUCACAAACAUGCGACAAAUACGAUCCCUCAGGCUUUUUCGUAGCAUACGCUGAGUUCUCUGGCGGCAUCUUUGUAGAUUGCAACAUCCACGACAUCGACCUUGCCUUGUGGUACUUUUCCGCUGAGUCAAAGGGCAAGGUCCUGCCGAGGGUCAAGUCUGUCAUGGCCGUCGGCGUCACAGCACUCGAGCCCGACCUCGCAAAGUUCGGCGAUGUAGAUAAUGGUGUGGGCGUUGUUGAGUUCCACUCUGGUCAGAUCGCCUACUUCUACAGUACGCGCAUGAACGCCCCUGGCCAACACGACACAACGGAGAUUAUCGGUACAAAGGGUAAACUCGCAGUUAAUUCCAAUCCUGCGACAGGACUGUUGGAGAAUCACACGGACACAGGUAUUGUCAGGGAGAUUCCGCAAAACUACUACGAGCGCUUCGAGCAGGCUUUUGUGGAAGAGGCGAGGCAGUUUACCGAUGUGGUGCUGGACAACAAGGAGGUGCCGGUCGAUCUUGAGAGCUCAAUGGAGGCAGUCAAGAUUGGGGUUGCUCUUCAGGACAGCUUGAAGACGGGUAAGAAGAUCUUGUUUGAUCAGCAGGGAAAUAUGGUGGAUGCUGUGAGAGCGAAAUUGUGA